AUGCAAAUUAAUGUAAACUUUCAAGAGAGGCUUCAAUGUGCAGUCAAACUUAAGGAGAUUAAUGAACAGCUCGAAAAACUAAAAAUAAUUGUAAGAAUUUCUGAACAAAUCCAAUUUAGUUUUCUGAAUUAAUAUCAAGCUCAUUAAACGAUAAUGAGAAACUUAACACAUAUAAUGAAAUCAAUUUAAUACUAACUAGCUUAUUGGAGUAGACAAAUACGUCACUUGAAGAAAAAAAUGAAAUUAAGAAAUUAAUGAACAUUAUGAUGAAUAAUCCUGAAGUUUAAGAAUUUAUGUUUAGAAUUGCUGAUGAAGAAAGUAAGUAUAUCAAAUGAUAUUUAGCUAAUUAAAUUUAGGAGGUAAGAAGCUUAAGUCUCAAUUACAAAGCAUCGAGAAUAGGCAGGGAAUUUAUUAUAUAGAGGGAGGAGUAAUUAUAAUAAAAACAUGCCGAGACUUAGAUGCUCGCUUAAAACAUAGACAUUUGUGAAGAAUAAUAGAUAUAAUUUUAUGAGAAUAAUAUUUACCCAUUAUAAUCGAAAGAAGAAUAAUCCUUAAUUUAAUCACCUCCUUCAAAAAAAUAUAUCGAAAUAGCCUAAGAUGAGUUAUCAGAACUCAUUAAUAGGAGCAAAUACGAGUUUGAUUAAACAAGGAUUGAUUAAGUAAAUAUGUAUAUUAAUAAAGGCCUACCAAUAUGCAAAAUUGGCCUAAGAUAAAUUUAAAUCCGAUAUAAAUUAUCAAUCUCAUGCUGAAUAUGUAGACUAAAUAAUUGUGCAAUAUAGUUAUAUGAUUGAAAAUGUGAAAGAAUUGGAUUCAGAUGGAUGGAUAUUUGAUGGGUUGAGUAAUGGAAUCUCUGUGAAGUACAAAUUCCCAGAAAACACAUCUACUGCCUCUAUGCUAAUGGAAACUAAGAUACCAGUAAAUGCCAUAAGAGUGUUGGCUUUAGUAAAUGAAAUGGAUUUAAAUUAUUUAUGGGUUCCCUUCUGCAAGAGAACUUUUGUUAAUAAAGUGUUGAAUAGAGCUUGUAAGGUUUGCACAUCAGAAAUGUAUUUCCCUUUGAUUCCAGAUAGAGAAUGUGUUUUUGUUGGAGAAGGUUACGAUAGAUUAUAAGUAAAUGGAACAAUCACAUUGUUGUCAAGAUCAGUAGAUGGAGAUAAAGAAUUUUUAGAAAAGAACGGAAUUUUCAUCCCAGAGAAAUCUAAAUUUGUCAGAAUGUAUAUCAAAUAUUACAUUUUUGAAAUUACACCUAUUGAUAAGGAUUCGUGUUCCAUUAGAGCAUGCACAAAUGUGAACCCCAAAAUUUCCAUGGUUCCUAAUAGUGUUUUAGCAUAUAUUGGAAGAAAAGUACAAUUAAUGUAAUUUUUAAUUAGUUUGCACAUAUUUUGAUAUCAAAAAUAGUUAAUUUUGCCAAGACUUUUGAAAAGUCUCCCUUUUAUCCUGUUUAUUUAGAACACAUAGAAUUUUAUAAUUGGUUAGAGGAGAAGCUAAAACUACAUCUUAAAUAUUGA